UAACGCGCGCAUAUAACAUCGUGUCCCAUUUAACUCGACGGAACACGCCCAUUGCGCGCUUAUGCAAUUGUAAACAUCGUCGAGUAACCAUCACCGAAUAUUCUUCGCGACGCGUGUAUGGGUACACGCGUACAUCGCGUUGCAUCGCAUUUCCGGCUAGCUUCCACCAGCUUCGCGGCGCACGGCAUUAUAAGCGUUCCUCAAUUGUCAGAGCCGUCAGACAAGGAUUAUCGCGCGAGCUGACAGCUGUGGCGUUUAGUCUUCGAAAAUUCUUCUCGUCUUUCCUUCUUUUCUUACGCGAAAAGUACAUCGGCGUGAGCGCUCGAUAGUGCAGUAAAAAUAAUAAGUCAUUCAAUGGUUAACCAAAUACCUGUGCCGCAGGCCAAGUAUGAAUUACUAACCAAUAUACGACAACCACGCUGGAGAACGCAGAUUGUUUGCCUCACUUUGUCAUUCCUGAUUGUCGGGGUGCUAUUUAUUACGCGCGCUUGGUUCGGCAUACUUACACUAAAGUCUUCAAGGACCAACAAAUUCGUCGAGGAACACAUUGACGAUGCCAAGAUUGCUACGUGGUUACGUCGGGCUCGGAUGUACGCCGAGUCGACGAAGGAGAAUCAGAAUGCGGACAGGAACACAAGCGUCAGCGCAUCGGAGCAACACCGCCAUGAUACAACCGGCCAGGUCCUCGUAUGCUACUAUACAAUACCGGGGGACCUGAACACGUCGUGGGAGCUCAGUCCGUCGCACAUUGACCCUCAUAUUUGUACGCAUAUUAUCGUGGGUUUUGCGAGCGUGGUGAACAAUAUGCUCGACAUAGGCGACAAUGCACCGGUUUACGAGCGAGUAGUUGCUUUAAAAAAUCUUGAACCUAACUUGAAGGUCAUGAUCAGCGCCGGCGGAAACAACGAGCUCCACAAUGGUUUCUCCAAAAUGGUAAAAAAUCAUGCGAAUAGAAAAAGAUUUAUCCAGUCAGUAUUAAAUAUUACCAAAACCUUCCAUUUGGACGGUUUUGACGUUGAUUGGGAGUUUCCAGCCUGGUUAGGGGCGGACGAACGUGAAAAAAUACACUUUGCCCAGUUGUUACAAGAGCUACGAAAAGAAUUUGAUCGUAGUGGACAAAAAUUGAUUUUAACAGUAGCAGUUGCAGCGCCACAGGCCAUUGUGGACCAAAGUUAUAGCAUUCCUGAAAUGGCAGAGCACAUUGACUUUAUAAACCUUAUGUCAUAUGACUAUCAUUUCUACGUUUGGUACUUUCCAGUGACAGAUCUAAAUGCCCCACUCUUUCCUCGUCAUACGGAAACAGGCUACUUAUCCACAUUAAAUAUAAAUUUCUCUGCUCACUAUUGGAUAGCAAAGGGAAUGCCACGAGAAAAGAUUGUUAUCGGUAUACCGGCUUAUGGUCAUACAUACAAACUGGACAAUCCAUUGAAUCAUGGUAUACAAGCGCCAGCUAACGGAUUCGGAAAGCUUGGCGUAAAAGGCUUUGUGUCUUAUCCUACGAUUUGUCAAUUUUUAAAAUCCGGAGCUGGGGGCUUUUUUAAUGAAGAAAGUCGUGUGCCAUAUGCGUUCAAAGGCACAGAAUGGAUAUCUUAUGACGAUGAGGAGAGCGUUUCUUACAAGAGCAUGUGGAUUCGUACUAAUGGUUUCAAGGGAGCCAUGAUUCUAUCUUUAAACGUUGACGAUUGGAACGGCACUUGCUAUACAAAUGAGACAUUUCCUUUGACACGCACAAUCUCGAAAUUAUUAUUUAAGAAGUCAGACAAGUAAUAAAAUAGGAAUACUUGAAAUAUGCGCAAUUAUUAAACGAGUUCAAGACGGUAAAGGGACAUAUGCUUGCUGAAUGAUUGAAUAUGAUUGGUUGGUAUCAAUUAUGUUUGUUUGCUCGUCGAGCAGGCUUUAGCCGCUUUGUCAACUUGAACGCGCUCAUUGAAUCUAGUUAUUCCUAAAGCUUAAGAUAUUUUACAUUUAAAUGAUCCAUUCCAUCGCAUUCCUAUUUAAUAUUACUUGAUAUACAUUCUACCUCAGUUGCUCAAAAAUUCUUUUGUUUUUUAACAAUUAAAUUGCUAAGAUAUUUGAAGCACAGUAUUAUUAUAU